UGUAACGUAAUCGAAAAUUAGAAAAAAAGUCCGAUCAAAUUGAAUGAAAGCAAUUCUUUUUGAUUUAACUAUUAAUCAAAUUUCAAUGUAACUUCCCUUUAGUUUCCUACUCGACUUGAUUUUGUUAUUCAGUAUGGUUGGCAGAAGUUGAAAGACUUUGGAAUAACUUACGAGAACGUACUUACGUAACAUCGUUGUUAACGAUUAAGAAAGAUUUCGUUUUAUCAAAAAUAUCUUUGACGAAAGUGAUCAAGUUCUUCUUCUUUUUUUUUUUUUUUUUUUUUGAAAGGAUCAUGGAAACACCCAUAGUGCGUGCACGCGUUGUAAAAGUGCUCGGCAGAACGGGCUCCCAAGGUCAAUGUACCCAGGUCAAAGUGGAAUUCUUGAACGAACAGAACAGACAAAUAAUCAGAAAUGUCAAAGGACCCGUUCGCGAAGGAGAUAUUUUAACACUUUUGGAAUCUGAACGAGAAGCCAGAAGAUUACGUUAAUCAUCCUAAUCAAUUUUUGCCAUUGUGAUUACCAUACAAUUUUACGUAUAUACAUAUAUACAUACAUACAUACAUAUAUACAUAUAUAUAUAUAUAUAUAAAUAUAUAUCGACCAAAUAUCGAACGAGAACACGAAACUACAAAUUUCGUCGCAAUGAAAUCCUUUUUAUUGAAUUUGUUUUAUAUAAAAACAAAAACACAAACAAAACAAAAAAAAAAAGGAGAAGAAGGAAAAAUCGAAGAUUAAUUUACGAUAAUUUGUAAUUAAUUUGGAAACAUAACAUGUUCUCUCGUAAUUAAAAAAAAAAAAAAAAAAAAAAAAAAAAAAAAAAAAAAAAAAAAAAAGGAAAAAAACGAAAGCUCUCUUAUUAUUGACAUACAUUUAUUGAACUAUUACAUAUAUGUACGUGACAUAUAAAAAAGAAAUAAUCUUCUUCAGCGUUACUAAAGUCAGCAGCUUAAAUAUAUAAAUCGAGUUGUUAUUCAUCAGAUAAAUGAAUAAUAAUAGCUUGUUUUUUCAAUGAAAUUAUUUUCUUAUUGAAUACACUAUCGGUUGACUAAUUAAUUUAUUCUUAAAAGCAAAACUUAAUUAAAAAUUGCAUUCUAUUUUUAGUUUAAUAAUUAUUAAUGUAUCUUGCUUAGUCAUACUAGUAUGCUAUGCAAUCCCUGUUAAUAGUGUAGCAUAUAAAAUUAUUUUUAUUCAUUAUUAUACAUAAAUAGACUAUCGUUGUUAAAUGACAAUUUAUAAAUUAGAAUGAAAAAUCAGAAAACAAAGAAAGCGUCAUAUUAAAGUGAAAUUUUAAUAAAUUUGAAUCAACGAAAUGUUUUCUACUUUAUCGUUCGAGUCUACAAUCAAAAAUGUUUAACAAUAUUUUCUACUUUACCAACAUAGUCUACAAUCAAUUCUAAUCAACGAUAAAUAUUACCGACUAAGUUUUGACAAUCGAUAAUACUUAUCGACAUUUUUUACUUUCUCGAUCGUGUCAACAAAAAGUUAAUAAUAUCGUUCGAUUCUUUGCCGUCUAUGGCGCUGAUAUAUCAUAUUCAGAAGUUGGUCAGUCAUCUUUUCAUACGCCAUGUUUGUUUUCCUUCGCGUAUUUCGUAACGCACAGUGAACUGUACAAUCAUUUCAGAAAUACAGUCAAUAAUUCAACAAUUAAUAUAAAACAAAAGUGAUAAAAUAGUGUAGAACAAAGAAACGAAGAAUUUAAUUAAAAUAUCGAUCACGAUUCUUGAAUUAAAUAACAAUUCCAAAUGAAAAAGAUAAAUGACGAAGUAGUCAAUUCAUCUAAGUUCAAUGAUAACAAAUUUAUUCCAUCAAAAUAUAUCUUUCGUUUUUGUUGAUAUAAAAAAAAAAAAAAAAAAAAAAAAAAAAAAGAAGGAAUAAAAAAAAAGAAAAAGAAAAGAGAAAAAAA